AUGUGCAGAGCUCUCUGUGCCAAAAAUAAACUAGGUUUUAUUAAUGGCACUCUGUCCAAACCAAAGAAAGUUACUGAUCCCCUCCAUGAAGCCUGGGAAAGAUGUAAUGAUUUAGUUGUGUCAUGGCUUCACAACUCAAUCAAUCCAACUCUCAAAUCCAGCAUUGCCUUAGUAGAUGAUGCUAAGCAAAUAUGGGAUGAGCUCAAAGAUCGAUUCACUCAACAAAAUGGGCAUCGAAUCUUUCAGCUCAAGAAGUCUCUAACAGGUUUGCAACAAGAAAAUGACCCAGUUAGUGUUUAUUUUGGCAAAAUUAAAACUCUAUGGGAUGAACUCCUUAUAUAUGAUCCAAUGCCCGAUUGCAAAUGUGGCAAACUUUCUGUGUUACUUGAUAGGUACCAGAGGGAUUGUGUCAUACAAUUCCUCAUGGGCUUAAAUGACUCUUACAGUAUCAGUCGUGACCAAAUUAUGCUACUGGAUCCAUUGCCUCCAAUAAACAAAAUUUUCUCCAUGAUCCAACAACAAGAGAUGCAACAUACCAUGCUUUCUAGCAUCCCUUCACCAGAAUCCAUGGCCCUUGCUGUCAGACAGCCUUAUUCCUCAUAUAAACCCUUUUCCAAACCAACUCAGCAACCCAAACGUGACAGGCUAUUUUGUACUCACUGUAAAAUUCAGGGUCAUUCUCUCGACAAUUGCUUCAAGGCAGGGAAUGCACAAGCUCCAGUUUGUGCUCAUUGUCACAUGACUGGUCACAUAGCAGACAAAUGCUAUAAAUUGCAUGGCUACCCACCAGGGCACAAGUUACAUGGUAAGGCCAAGCCACUUGGAUUCUCAUCAGCUAACAUGACUUCACUAGAGGCAGAGGAUUCAUCAGAUAACAAAUUCAAUUUUACCAAGGAUCAGUACCAGCAGCUUUUAUCUCUAUUACAGCCCAAGGAAGUUUCCAUUGCCAAUCAUUCAAUCAAUCAUGUCCAAACAGAUUGUACCCACUCUCCUACCAUGAAUGGACCUUUUGUCAUGGACCACGAUUGGCAUGGGUGA